CGCGGCCAGGAAGCGUCCGCGGGAGUCGUAACCCGCUCGCUGCCAACAGGCCGGCGGGGUAGUCAGCAGCGCGCCACGCCCCGAGCCGAAGCCGACCGGCCCGGUUCCUCCCAGCACUCCGCGCAGUAACGGCCUCCAAAGUAGGUAUGGAGUGAAGGCGGACGGCAGCAGGGCAGAAGCGGCGACCCACUCUCCGGGCGCCGUCCGCGUCCCGAGGGUAGCUGGGACGGUGAGGGCGUGCAUGCCGCGCCCCACUGCGCUUCCUGCCGGUCCGCGUGACCGCGUGCGCACGUGCUUCAGCUUCUCAGCCCCGCGGGCAGAAAAUUCGGCCUGGCUACCCUCUGCUGCUGCCCACCUGGAGGCGAGGCGGGGAAAGCGGCGGGCCUGGGAAGCGUUGGAGCCUCACCGCCCGUCAAUCAGGGCGGAGUAGCUCGCCCUGGUGGGCAAGCAGCGGCUUUGCCAUGAACCCCAGGGGCCUGUUCCAAGACUUCAACCCGAGUAAGUUCCUCAUCUACGCCUGCCUCCUCCUCUUCUCCGUGCUGCUGCCCCUCCGCCUAGAUGGCAUCAUCCAGUGGAGCUACUGGGCUGUCUUCGCUCCCAUAUGGUUGUGGAAGCUUCUUGUCAUCGCAGGUGCCUCGGUGGGUGCGGGCGUUUGGGCCCGAAACCCUCGCUACCGCACUGAGGGGGAGACUUGCGUGGAGUUCAAAGCUAUGUUGAUCGCUGUGGGCAUCCAUUUGCUGCUGCUCAUGUUCGAAGUCCUGGUCUGCGACAGGGUGGAGAGAGGGACCCACUUCUGGUUGCUGGUCUUCAUGCCACUCUUCUUCGUAUCCCCCGUGUCCGUGGCUGCCUGCGUGUGGGGAUUUCGACAUGAUAGGUCACUUGAGCUGGAGAUACUGUGCUCUGUCAACAUCUUGCAGUUCAUCUUCAUUGCUCUAAGGCUGGACAGGAUUAUCCACUGGCCGUGGUUGGUGGUGUUCGUGCCCCUCUGGAUCCUCAUGUCCUUCCUCUGCCUCGUCGUCCUCUAUUACAUUGUCUGGUCCCUCCUGUUCCUUAGAUCUCUGGAUGUUGUGGCCGAACAGCGGAGAACGCACAUGACCAUGGCCAUCAGCUGGAUCACUAUUGUUGUGCCCCUGCUCACUUUUGAGGUUCUGCUGGUUCAUAGAUUGGAUGGCCACAAUACCUUUUCUUACAUCUCCAUAUUUGUCCCUCUUUGGCUUUCAUUGAUAACUUUAAUGGCCACUACAUUUAGGCGAAAAGGGGGCAACCAUUGGUGGUUCGGUAUUCGCAGAGAUUUCUGUCAGUUUCUGCUUGAAAUUUUCCCAUUUUUAAGAGAAUAUGGGAACAUUUCAUAUGAUCUACAUCAUGAAGAUAGUGAAGAUGCUGAAGAAACAUCCAUUCCAGAUGCUCCUAAAAUUGCUCCAAUGUUUGGAAAGAAGGCCAGGGUAGUUAUAACUCAGAGCCCAGGAAAAUAUGUUCCCCCACCACCCAAGUUAAAUAUUGAUAUGCCAGAUUAAACUCGACUUCGAGAGUGCCCAUAAGUGUUUAGAAAUCAGACACACAUGACCGAAACCCACCUUACUUUUGCCUUUUUUAAAAAUCCAUCCCAAACCUAAAACUGAAAACAGGUUCCAAACACCGUCAUCUCCUGCCUUGGAGUUUGAUGCCUAACGGUGACUCAUCAGUAUUCGCCAUAGACAUAGAGGGUUAUAUGAAUAUAUAGUGACGUGUGAGAGAAUUUGCUGUCCAGGUGGGUGCUUAAAGAGCUAGCUGGGAGCAGUAGUUUGAAUUGUUUUGAGUAGUAGGUCCUGAAAUGGAAUAACUAUACAGCUAGGAUUUUGGUUUCUUUUAAAGGGGUACUACAACUUAUCAAAAGUUGUUAUAAAAAUAUUUUUAUACACUGCUAGACUAAAAUUGUAUUUCAGAUUGUGCCUGUUGUGACAUAAUUGAUAGCAAAUGUAAAGAAUUCUCUCUUCAUUUCUUGUUUAUAAACCUCAUAGUUGUUAUUUUUAGUGUUCCUACUGUUAAGUUUUUUUGGUCUUUACUGAUACUGGUGUUUGAUAGCCUAAUAGAAUUUUUCUAAUGCGGUGAAUUCAUACAUAUAUGAUAUUUAUAUAAAUAUUUUAGUAAUGUAAUAUAUUAUGUUGAAUUAUAGUUCUAUACAGUACAAUA